AUGACUUUCCGAAAGCUAUCUCCGGUGAAGCCCACCCUCCAGUCCUGGAUGGAGGGAGCGAGCCACAGCAGUCCCCCUGUCCCCCUAUGGGGGGAGAGUGAGAGGGAUCAGCCCCCUGGACCUCUGAAGCCCCAUGUUUCCACCACCACCCCACUGCAACUCCAGCCAACUGCUGGCCCCAGCCACUGGAACCCACCCCGGGCGCUGAUCCUGGCCUCACCCCCGCUUCCCCUCCGCUGGCUGAGGCAACCCCCCUCCUCUGGCCUCCGGGUGAUCAGCCUGCCCGCUGGGGUCGCCCUCUGCAGGGGGGUAGUCCUCCACCGUCCUGCCGGACCCCACGUCUCCCCUCCUCACCCCCCUGCUCCUCCACCCCCACCACCCCAAGCCCCGGACUCGGGCCGCCUGUGGCGGGGGCAGGCAACCCCCCUGCUGCUCAGCCCGCUGGUGGUGGCCCCCCCAGAGGGAGCGGGAGGGGGGGCGCAGAGCCGGCCGAGUCACCCCCCUCCAGCCCGGCCCCCCCACGCCGGCGACUACUCCCGAGGCGUCUACCACAACUUCCGGAAGUGGCAGCAGUACAAGGGGCUGGCCCGAGCCCACCUCGCCCAGUCCCCUGACACCGAGGCCCUUGCCUGCUUCUUCAUACCAGUUCUCCGCUCCCUCUCUCAGUUCCGACCGCAGCUGGGCACCGAGGAGGGAGUGCCCUUGGCCGUGCAGGAAUGGUGUCGCCUCAGCAACUUCGAUCGGAUGAUCUACUACGAGAUGGCGGAGAAAUUCAUGGAGUUCGAGAUGGAGGAGAACGCUCCGCAGUCCCCUGCAGACCCAGUCCCACUGCAGGCUGGGGUCUCGCCUGGGGUCCAGCUGGUGUCCGGGACCAAGGCCAAACCUGGGAAACAGGUCGUGGAAGACCCGGGCGGACGGAAGGCCGGAGGUAAAGGAGGACCCCAGCGAUCCCACAAGCAGCCAAAGACCCCGGACUGUGGCACGGGUGGGCACCACCAGCCCAUCCCCCUCGAGGCAGUGGAGCAGUACAUUGAGAUCAUGGAGGCCCUGGGCCUGCCACAGCCCGAUACUGAGGCUCACCUGCCAGAACCCCCUGGGGAGCAGUGUGAGGAGGAGGUUGAGAUCCUCAGGUACAUCGAGAAACUCUGCAGUAAGGACUCCUUCAUCAGCAAGACUGAAACCAUCAUCCACCCACACUUCCUGUCCGACCUCCUCUCCCCCCACGGAUCCCUGGACUUCCCUCAGCUGCUCCGAGACCUGGAGUCUGAGGCCGAGGAUUCCAAGACCCCGACAGUGGGGGCUGUGACUGCCCGACCACCGGUGUCCCCCACCCUCCGCUGCCCCUCCCCACCCCCGGCCCGCCAACCCGAGGCCACUCAGUCCCUCCCGGCACUCCUGCUAUCCCCUGUGGGGCAGGACUGUCCCUACUCCAGCCAUCUCCAGUGCCUGGCCCUGCAGUCAGCCCAUGGCCAGUCCAUGUCCUCCUCAGUCAAUGCCCAGGCUCUGGCCCAGCCUCCCCCACUGACUCUCCUGCCCCCCGAAUCCUUCCAGAGGGUCUGUCAGACCCCUCCCCUCAGCCCUGGGGUAACUCAACCUGGAUCACAUGGCCCCAUUGUCAGCAGAGACUCUAGGACCAGGCCACCGGGCCUGACUGAUGGUGGGAGGCCGGCUUCAGGGCAGCAGGACGGACAGGCUGAAGACCUGGCCAAAGGUGAAGCUCCAUCAUUGGGCCAGGCCCAAACCGGGGCCCCAGCUGGAGGUAACGCCCAAACUAGAUGUCCAGUUGAAUCCCAGGGCAAAAUCAGGGCCUCAACUGGAGAGGCUCCAGUCAGGGCCCAGGCAAGUUCUCAAGCCCAAGACAGGGAUUUAUCGAAAUCCCAGAAACAAAUCAAGGCCCUAGCAAUGGCUCAUACCCACAGCAAGGCUCCAACUGAGCCCCAGGCCCAAAUCAAGGGCUCAAGUGAGGCCUGGACCCAAAUGAGGAGUUCAACUGGACCUGAAACCCAAAACUGGUGCCCCAGUGAAGCCCAGGGCAAAAUUGGUGGCUUAAUUGGGGAUGAAGCCCAAAUCAAGGCCCCAGCUCUGGCCCAGAGCCAAAUCAAGGCCAAGCCAGAGGCUCAAGCCCAAAUCAUUAGCUCAACUGAAGCCCAGACCCAAAUCAAGUCCCUAACAGUGGCUCAGGCCCACAGCGAGGCCCAGGCCGAAGGUAAGGCCCCGACUCCAUCCCAGGGUGCCGAGAAUAUUUCUCACAGCGAUUUACUUCCUCAGGAUCCCAUGUCUGUCAGGGAUGGCUGUGGAGAGGGUGAGGUGGCCGUCAAGCUGCAGGACAGAGCGUGCUGGAGGAUCCCACAGGAUGAGGCCCGGGGCCUGGGCCUGGGCCUGCUCUCCAAUGGGCAAGUGCUAAGCUGUGCGAAGGCCCCAGAGGAGGCCGGGAAAGGCAGGGACUCUCCUGUCCCCAGGACACGGGUCCGUGUGGAGAAGAAGAAGCACGAUGGGGUGGCAGUGCGGAGAAGUAAGAGGAUGAAGAGGGACUGA